UUCUUGGGUCAUUCAUGGCCAUGGCGGAAUGUUCAUGAAGGAAACUCGCUGUGUCUGUGUGGUGCUAUUCUAGAGAGAGAGAAAGUGCUCUUUUUCAGAGAGAGACGUCGGUUAGAGAGUGAAAUUUUGAUAUCUAAAAUCUCUUAAUGGCCGGGCUUUGUUGUUGUAUGCCACUCUCAUCUCGAAGCAAUUUCCGGACAUCGAGGUUGAUGUUGGAGACUCGCCAUGGAAGGACUAUGGUGGGGAAGUCACUUGGCAGAAGAAACCUCCAAAUUAAGGCAGAAGUGAAUUUUGUUAAUGCUGAAGAAGGCAAGAAACUUAUAGCGGUUGAGGGAUAUGCAAUUCUGGACGUGCGAGACAAAUCUCAAUAUGGUCGAGCUCAUAUAAAGUCAUGUUAUCAUGUUCCUCUAUUUAUCGAAAACCAGGACAAUGACUUGGGCACAAUUAUAAAGAGGACUGUGCACAACAAUUUUUCUGGCUUGUUCUUUGGAUUGCCAUUCACUAAAAUGAAUCCUGACUUUGUACAGUCUGUUAAGAGCCAGUUUUCCCCCGAAAGCAAACUACUACUUGUCUGUCAGGAAGGAUUGAGGUCUGCUGCAGCUGCUAGUAAGUUAGAGCAAGCCGGUUUUGCCAACAUCGCAUGUAUAACAUCAGGGCUUCAAACCGUAAAACCAGGAAUGUUUGAUUCUGUUGGAUCCACUGAGUUGCAAGAUGCUGGCAAAGCUGGUCUGGUCACCAUUCAAGGCAAAAUAUCAGCUGUACUUGGAACUGUACUUAUAUGUGCAUUUCUUUUCAUUACCUUCUUUCCUGAGCAAGCUGAGAAGUUACUUCAAAUGGCUCCUUCAGGCUAGGCCGGCCAUUAAAGAACCCAAAAUUUUUGCAGUGGCUCUUAGGGUAGGUGAGAUUUCUGCUCAUCUGCAACAUGGAAACUCAACGAAAUGGAGCCAGUAGAGUAGCAGAACUGUAACAAGGUUCCAACCUGGUAGUGAAGAGGCCUCAUCUAAAAGUUGCCAAUUUGCAGAUUGUUCGUUUUACUUCUCCACAGCUUAUCUUUGUGAGGUAUCCUUAAGAAAAGAACAUUGGAUUAUUUUUGACACGCUAAUUAAAAUCAUCUCAUUUCCAUAAAUAUAAUCUUGAUAGCCUGGGUUUUCUUAAA